ACCAUGGCAUCUGAAUCUACCAUGAAGUCCCCCAUUUGUUUAGUGGAAAACUGGAAUGAGCAGCUGACAGUGAAUUCAGAAGCCUUGAGGAUUCUUGACAAGAUAUGUCAACCUGUGGUGGUGGUGGCCAUUGUGGGGACAUAUCGUACGGGGAAAUCCUACCUCAUGAAUCAACUUGCAGGACAGAACCAUGGCUUCCCCCUGGGCUCCACAGUGAGGGCUGAGACCAAGGGCAUCUGGAUGUGGUGUGUGCCCCACCCCAGCAAGCCAAACCACACCCUGGUCCUCCUGGACACUGAGGGCCUGGGCGAUGUGGAAAAGGGUGACCCUAAGAAUGACUCCUGGAUCUUUGCCCUGGCCGUGCUUCUCAGCAGCACAUUUGUCUACAACAGCAUGGGCACCAUCGACCAACAUGCCCUGGAGCAUCUACACUAUGUGACUGAACUAACAAAACUAAUCAGGGCAAAAUCUGACCCCACACCAGAUGAAGUCGAGGACUCCUCUGAGUUUGUAAGUUUCUUUCCAGACUUUGUUUGGACUGUUCGAGAUUUCACACUGGAACUAAAGUUGGAUGAACACCCCAUCACAGAAGAUGAGUACCUGGAGAAUGCUUUGAAGCUGAUUUCAGGAAAUAAUGACAAAAUCCAAAAAUCCAAUAACUCUAGAGAGAGUAUUAGAUGUUUCUUUCCAAAACGAAAGUGCUUUGUCUUUGACCGGCCUACAAAUGACAGAAGUCUGUUAUCCCACAUUGAUAAGGUUCCACAAAACCAGCUGGAAAAGAAUUUUCAGGUGCAAUCAAAGAACUUCUGUUCCUAUGUCUUCACCAAUGCAAAGACCAAGACCCUGAGAGGGGGAAUCAUUGUCACUGGAAAUCGGUUGGGGACUCUGGUGGAAACUUACGUGAAUGCCAUCAACAAAGGAACCAUUCCUUGCUUGGAGAAUGCAGUCAUCACUCUGGCCCAGCGUGAGAACUCAGCUGCCCUGCAAAUGGCAGCCGACCACUACAGUGAGCAGAUGGCCCAGCGGGUGCAGUUCCCCACAGACACACUCCAGGAGCUGCUGGAGGUGCACACAGCUUGUGAGAAGGAAGCCAUCGCAGUCUUCAUGGAGCACUCCUUCAAGGACGACAAUCAUGAGUUCCAGAAGAAGCUUAUUGAAACCACAGAGAGAAAGAAGGAAGCUCUCUUGCUGCGGAAUGAAGAGGCAUCUGUCAAAUACUGCCAGGUUCUGCUGGAGCAGCUUUCAGAGGCCCUGAUGCAAAGCAUCUCAAGAGGAGUAUUCUCUGUUCCUGGAGGCCACAGGCUCUACUUAGAAGCAAAGAAGAAGGUGGAACUUGACUACAAGCUAGUGCCCAGGAAAGGAGUGAAGGCAAUGGAGGUCCUCCAGAGCUUCCUACAGUCACAGUCUGUCAUAGAAAAAUCCAUCCUGCAGUCAGAUGAAGCCCUCACUAAGGGAGAGAAGGCCAUAGCAGCUGAGCGGGCCAAGAAGGAGGCAGCCGAGAAGGAGCAGGAGCUGCUAAAACAGCAGCAGAAGGAACAGCAGGAAAAGAUGGAGGCCCAAGAGAGAAGCUUCCGGGAAAAUGUGGAACAGCUUAAGGAGAAGAUGGAGAGAGAAAAGGAGAACAUUCUGAGAGAGCAGGAAAAGAUGCUGGAGCACAAGCUGAAGGUCCAAGAAGAAUUUCUUACUGAAGGAUUUAAAGAAAAAUCUGAGGCAUUAAGUAAAGAGAUAAAUCGACUAAAUGAAGAGAUUGAAGCAUCUAAAAGAAACAGUCGCUCGAUAUUUUCACAGAUCCUUACUGGAGUUGGCAGUGUUUUCCUUGCAGUACUCCCUGGGGCUGGUAAAGUAGUUGGUGCACUGUUGACUGCCAUAGGCAGUCUUUUUGAAUAACCUGAUGAUUCCUGAUAGGAAACUAUAAAAAGAGGCAUCUUUUAUUUGAAUAGCUACUUUUUAAGGUACCUGUGUCCUCUCAGUUUCAUUCAAAAGAUGUUCGAGAAUAAAAAGCAAUUAUCAAAGAUUAUCAGAGCAUACUCUAAGAGAAACAAUCUUUAUUGAAGAAAUCAGAAAUGACUAAGACAAUAUGAGAUGAUUUCUAGAGAAGACUUUAAGUAAAACAAAAAGCUAAAUAGCAAUAUGAAGAAAAUAUUUGAAAUUCAUAUACGAGGAGCUCUGUGGGAAGUGACUAACAACUGCAUUAAGUGGAAAGAAACAUAAGAAAAAAUUUAAAUUUACUAAUAAAAAAGUGUGCACAAUAAAACUGUGAAGCACAUAGUUUUGCCUUCUUAUUGGGUAGUGAAGAACAGGUUUAAUAAUAUACAUAAAAAUUUAAAAUGCACAUACCUCUGAUCUAGCAAUUCCACAUAGAGGACAUUCUCUUAUGUAUCUCUUCACUCAAAUGAAAAUGAUAUUUGUAGUGGUUGACUUAUUUCAGGAUCAUAAUGAUUACAAAAGACUGGAAGCAACUGAAAGUUCCUCUGUCAGGUACUGAUGUGGUAAAUCUUUGGACAUGCUUUCAGAAUAAUACCCUAUAAUGAUUGUUAAAAGGAUGGGGGUGGGAGUUGUAUGUGUCGGAAAACAUCUCCAAGAGUCAUCUUAAGUGAAAAAAUAUAGAAAGUGUGAAUAAUUUAUAAAAUAAUGAGUAUGUACAUAUAGUAUAACCUACAUGUGGAAAAUACAAAAUAAACUAGUAUAUAUGUCACAAUAGGAAGGCACCUGUCUAGUUGAGGUGAAAGAAGACAGAAUGACUCACUUUAUACUAUAUUUUCUUCCAUGCCUUAACACUUCCUGUGGAUUUGUUAUAUUCAAACAAAUAUGAAUUCAAUUAGCAAAAUUAAAAAUGAAAUAAUACAUGACUGGGGAAAUCCCAGGACAGGAGGAAAGUGUUUAAUACUACUAGAAAUAGCAAAAGUCAGCUCAACUAGAAAAGUCUGCUCCUGAGAAUAAGGAACUAGAGAGCACAAGACAUCCUGAAUUUUUGUUUUUCAUUAUGACCUUUCAAUAAGGCCUUUAACAUCUAUUCCCCAGUAUAUGUUCAGAUAGAAGUCUCCUGGGAUUUUGACUUGAAUGGUCUACAA